UGCUUCAGCUUCUGCCGCUCCCUAGUGGUCUCACUGCCGCUGCGGCCGCGUUCUUCCCCCAUGAUGGAGAGUGUUGGCGUGUACGGAUUCUGUGGGUGCACAGCAAAGAACAAAAUGAAGUGUGACUCCAGGGGGGAAGUGACCGCAGCAGAGACGGCCCCCACAUCUGCAUAUUCAUCUCCAGCCCGGAGUCUUGGGGACACAGGGAUCACGCCGCUGUCCCCUUCCCAUAUCGUGAACGAUGCCGACCCGAAUGUCUCGGAGCAGCCCACGUUUCUCGUGGUGGUGGCCAUCGACUUUGGGACCACGUCUAGCGGCUACGCCUACAGCUUCACCAAGGAGCCAGAGUGCAUUCACGUGAUGAGGCGAUGGGAAGGAGGUGACCCUGGGGUGUCCAACCAGAAGACCCCGACCACCAUCCUGCUGACCCCCGAGAGGAAGUUCCACAGCUUCGGGUACGCCGCCAGGGACUUCUACCACGACCUGGAUCCCAACGAGGCCAAGCAGUGGCUGUACCUGGAGAGGUUCAAGAUGAAGCUGCAUACCACUGGGGACCUCACCUUGGAGACAGACCUGACGGCAGCAAAUGGCAAGAAAAUCAAAGCCCUGGAAAUCUUUGCUUACGCCCUGCAAUACUUUAAGGAGCAGGCGCUGAAGGAGCUGAGCGACCAGGCGGGCUCGGAGUUCGAGAACUCGGAUGUCAGAUGGGUCAUCACAGUGCCUGCCAUCUGGAAGCAGCCCGCCAAGCAGUUCAUGAGACAGGCUGCCUACCAGGCAGGCCUGGCCUCCCCCGAGAACUCGGAGCAGCUCAUCAUCGCCUUGGAGCCCGAGGCAGCCUCCAUCUACUGCCGGAAGCUGCGGCUGCACCAGAUGAUUGAGCUGAGCAGCAAGGCCGCGGUCAAUGGGUACAGCUCCAGAGACACAGUAGGAGCUGGGUUUGCACAGGCCAAGGAGCACGUACGGCGUAACCGGCAGAGUCGGACCUUUUUGGUGGAGAAUGUCAUAGGAGAGAUCUGGUCCGAGCUGGAGGAAGGGGACAAAUACGUGGUUGUGGACAGUGGCGGCGGCACCGUCGACCUGACGGUGCACCAGAUACGGCUCCCGGAGGGGCACCUGAAAGAACUGUACAAAGCAACAGGCGGGCCCUACGGAUCCUUAGGAGUAGACUAUGAAUUUGAAAAGCUCCUGUGUAAAAUAUUUGGGGAGGAUUUUAUCGAACAGUUCAAAAUCAAGCGUCCCGCCGCCUGGGUCGACCUGAUGAUUGCGUUUGAGUCUCGCAAAAGGGCGGCCGCCCCGGACCGAACCAACCCGCUGAACAUCACGCUGCCCUUCUCCUUCAUUGACUACUACAAGAAGUUCCGCGGGCACAGCGUGGAGCACGCCUUGAGGAAGAGCAACGUGGAUUUUGUGAAGUGGUCCUCGCAGGGCAUGCUGAGGAUGAGUCCGGACGCCAUGAACGCCCUUUUCAAGCCGACCAUCGACAGCAUCAUUGAGCACCUCCGGGACCUGUUUCAGAAGCCCGAGGUGUCCGCGGUCAAGUUCCUGUUCCUGGUGGGCGGCUUCGCCGAGGCCCCGCUCCUGCAGCAGGCGGUCCAGGCCGCCUUCGGGGACAAGUGCCGCAUCAUCAUCCCCCAGGACGUGGGCCUCACCAUCCUCAAGGGCGCCGUCCUCUUCGGCCUGGACCCCGCCGUCAUCAAGGUGCGCCGGUCCCCGCUCACCUACGGGGUGGGCGUGCUGAACCGCUACGUGGAGGGCAAGCACCCGCCCGAGAAGCUGCUGGUGAAGGACGGCACGCGCUGGUGCACCGACGUCUUCGACAAGUUCAUCUCCGCCGACCAGUCCGUGGCCCUGGGCGAGCUGGUCAAGCGCAGCUACACGCCCGCCAAGCCCUCGCAGCUCGUCAUCGUCAUCAACGUCUACAGCUCCGAGCGCGACGACGUGAGCUUCAUCACCGACCCCGGGGUGAGGAAGUGCGGCUCGCUGCGCCUGGACCUCACGGGGGCCGGCGGCGCCGCCGUGCCCGCCCGCAGGGAGAUCCAGACUCUCAUGCAGUUUGGGGACACCGAGAUCAAGGCCACGGCCGUCGAUAUAGCCACCUCCAAGAGUGUCAAGGUCGGGAUAGACUUCUUAAAUUACUGACCGGCCCUCCCCGUCGCCCGCCCCCUCCGACUCAGCUCACCUGCAUCUGCUGACCUCAGCCCUGACCGUUCUGCCCCUGCCCUUGACCCCUGACACCGCCCCUCCCCCACGCCUGAAUUUCAGCAGGGAAGAUGAGACCCGGGCUAGAAAUUGUUAGGGAUUUUUGAGGGCACACUGGAGUCAGAGAAGCUGUCGGGAAUUGAAGAUUGAGGUUUGGGGACGGGAAACGCAAGGACCCUCGAGGAGCGGCCGGGAGCCCGUGCAGAGUGCCCAGCGACGGAGCUGGCCUGCUCCUCAGGAAGCAGAAUUCUGGGCGCUCUGCCGCCGUCCCUCCGGAUUCGCCACGAGAGCCUUGAGCCAGGAGGAGAUUCUUCAUCUUUCCCAGGCUUCGCUUUUCACGUUUUAUUUUCUUUUUUCGGAUGGCAGUCGAUACGAAAUGCCACCCACCUGCCGUUCACCGCUUUUGCUCGUCACUUGAUCAGGAGCGGAGAUUCAGUGGAAGGUUGGAGCAUUUUCAGCUGGUGGGAGAGGACUGCCCACGCUGGGCCCUAUUUUAGGCUGUCGUCAUUUAAAUUCCGAGUGGGUCCCGUGAAGAGUAAGCUGCAGCCCUGGCUCGUCCACCGGGAUCCGUGCGCGAGGGGAAGGGCUGACGAGCGGCUGCCGUCCCGCAUCACGUGCCGUGUGUGUAAUUUUAGGCAUCAGAGCGCCAACUCCUGAUUUCUGAAUUCAUAAGUACUGCCAGUUCAUCUCAGUGGGAUUUUUUUUUUUUUUGGAGAAGAAAAUGAGGUGUAUUUUCACUUGUUCUGGUCACCAAGCCCAGGAAUCCGGAACAACCCCUCCUCACCUUGGAAAAUGUGCAUAUUUUAAAUUGGCUCCCUCCUCCCAGCUCACCCUCAGCCCCCUGGAAGUGUUGGCCGUUCCUCCCCACAUUUUCAAAGAAAUGCAUCGUCAGUACACAGGCAGUGCAUCUGUUCCAUGAAAUGUUGCAUUAAAAUGGUUAAUGUCCCAGAGGAAUUCCGAGAUCUAUACUUCAUGAAUUAAGCCAGGUUUUGUUUUGUUUUGUUUUCAAAGCAGAUUUGUGGGUUACCCCUGGAGGGUGUUGGUUAAAACAGGUUCCUGGAAGUGUCCGGUUGCUGUAUUGUGCCCCUGACACUGUUAUCACUAAUGUAGUGUUCUGUACCAGCUGCACUUAAAUUAGAGCAGACAGACAGACAGACAGACAGGUUCCUGGAUCCUACCCCUUUUACAGACGGAAGUCAGGUCCUGGAGAAGGGGACCAGGGUCUGCGGGUUUCACUAGACGCUGCGGGAGGCUGUGGUCUGGCCGACAUCUGAGAACCCCUCCGCCAGGGCUGUGUGGGGAGCCAAGGCGCAUGCAUACGAGAGUCUGCCGCCGCCCGUCUUCCCGGUUUACACGAGGAGCAACGACUGAUUCCACACUUGUCCUCUCGUGAAUGGGGCUGGGGUCCCAGCUGGCUUGGGAGUGGCGAUUCUAACCCUCCCAGGAAGGUUAGAAGAUGGGAAGAAAGGCGCCCUAAGAAAGGGAGCGACCGAGGCGCCGACGGGUGGGGCCUGCGUCCCCCACUCCCAAAGACAGUCUUCCUCUCCACUGUCCCGGAGUCGAGGGAGGAUCAGCAACCAAACCCCCGACUCCCAGCCCUCGUGGUCGGCUCAGAGCGGCCCUCCCACCCGCUGGCGUUCACUUCGGUUUGGAAUCCUGGGGCAUGCGCAGUGAGCGAAGGAAGGGCGAGCGCGCUAGCUUCGAGGGCUCACCGCCGUCCGCAGAUCUGCAGUAGCAUUUAUGACGUCAUUUUAACGUGUCUCCGUUGUCACCUCACCCGCUGCAGAAGUCCCUACUAGAAUGUGAAACACAAGCAACCGCAGAACUUGGGGACGCUCGUCACACGGCCGUCACUGGGCCGCUCGUCCAGGCACACAGGUGUGCCCGCCAGGGCUUGCUUGCUGCCCGCUCUGCUCCAAAGGCCACGUGCUGUCGGUCUCUGGUGUCGCCAGCCAUACUCUGCAAAUAAGACUUUUCUAUUGAGUUAUAAGUAAUAUAAUUUUAUGUACAUACCGUGUUAGAAGAUUGUACAGAUUCUUUAUUUCUAUAAUGUGCUUUUCUGGUUUAAAGAAAAGAAACAUGCUCUUUGAAUUUCGUUGCUGCCUUUAAUUUUUCAAGGUUUCAUUUCUUAAGUAGGCUUACUACUCCGCGAUCCGUACCGAUCCUAAGCUGCGGACAUCGUGCGCAAGACCGAGCGGCAGAUGGGCGCCGGGCAGACGGGCCGCCUGGUCAACAGCUUCGUCAGACCUUCCUACACACCCAUCCUUUCCACAGGGUCACAGGUCGUGUUUAAAGGAGCGUAAUAAUGUAUCCAUUCUCCUGUCCAGCCUCGGAGAGCUGAACAUUCUGGUUCUGUAAGCAAAGUGGCUGUGUGCAGAAAAGCCUAGGAAAACUCCUCACGCCCCUUGUGGGGCGGGGCAGGGGCUCUGAGGGCAAAGCACGGUUCACGGCCCACGCGGCUUCCGGCGCACCAGGGACAAAGGAAGGGACUGGCUGGGGUGCAGACCCAGCUUCUCCACUGCAUUAAGUGUAAGUGCGGGUAAAACAGUCAAGUCCCUCUUUUUCUUUGGCUAAUGGAAGGCCUUUCCCACCUUGCACUAAGGACGUCUUCUUGUCUAUAUAUUUCUCUUCAAAUGAGUUGGCUGAAGUCUAUAGAGUCAGCAGAGGGUAGAGGGGGCGUGAUACUUUCACUGGACUUUCUUCUGGUCCCAAAGAUGCAGCCCCACUAGUGGAACUCUGUAAAGGGGGUCCUCAGAUGCCUCCCCGCCCCCCCUCCCCCAUGGAAGGACAGCCGAGUAAGAGAGCUGGAUGGGUGCGCCUGGACACAUUUUCUAACCUUAGAAAAUUUCUAUAAGGCCUGUCAUCUCGACACGUUACUCAGUUGUCCCCGGCUUAUUAUCUUAUGUUCGCCUUUCUCCGAGGCAGAACUGGAGAAAGAUUUCCUCUGUAACGGCCCUUUCUGUACACAGCCGGCGUUAAUAAAUGCUGAAUGACAGACAAGAUAAGAAAGGGGAGGAGACACAGAAGUGUUUUUUGCAAAGCGAUGGCUAAGAUGCGUCCAGAUUGCAGAGCCUGCCCUAUCCUUAGAAUGAUAUUUAGAUCAAGUUUAGCUUUUAGAGUCCAGGUCUGGUUAAUCGCCAGGGUGGCAAAGAAUCGCAUGCACCCAUAUAAACAGGAGUCAAAAUGCAUUAUUAGUCGACGAUCGAAUUUCACGUUGUAGAGACGAAAUAGCUGUGAUUAAGCUGCAUAGUUAUGCUGGGAAACGGCCUAACGGGAUGACUACUGUAAAAAGUUGUCGGCCUUGAUGUUACACCUCUCACCUGCUUGGAAUAAGGAACUGUAUCCUCACAGGGGUCUUGUUCGAACUUCGCAGAACCUUGCAGCAGUCCACGACUUGACGAGGUUGUAUCUGCAAACUCUGUCUUCACAGAUGUCCAAUAAAACAAAACUCGGGAUCUCA